AUGACUAGUACGAGCGACAUUUUCAAACUGGCAAACCAAUCGGUCGACGAGCUGCUCAGAGAAAUCAGCAAGGACACCGCAGACCACCGCAGUGUGCCGUCUUCCCCCACCACAGAACCCUUGAAAAUCGAAGACGUAAACAAACACGACAACGACAGUAUAAUGAGCGAGUCUUUCCAAGGCCCUGUUGUUCCUGCUUUUAAUGGACUGCGUGCCCUUGACCAGUCGCCUAUUAAGAAGUCGUCGGUGGUAGCCUUUGAGCCGCAAGUGAUCACUAUUGGCAACGACGAGCUAUUUGACAGACCGUUGCCUUUGCUCAAGCCGUCCGAGUCGGACUAUUCCGUGAAAUCGAUGCCUAAUUUACCCUCCAGCUCUAUAAAUCUCUUGGACUCGCCAUCGGCGCACUCGAACAACUCGCAGGACUCCGAGAGAACCAUCGCUGUUGACGAGAAACGGUCAGCCACCAAAAACCUGCAAAAACUGCUUUCUGCAGAGGAGGAGUCUGCUGCGGCGCCGGUGGGGCUUGCUAUUCAGAAAACCAGAGGAGCCGAGCCGACCGCCGAGACCAGGUCGCGCCACGUGUCGCUGCAGAGCACGGCCACCUCGCUCAACGAGUCGGACUUUGUUUCUGCAGACGAAGGUAAUUCCAGCGACUUUGAGCCAGAGACAGUGGACAGCGACGCCACAGUUGAGAUGGACGAAAACGCCAACGACACAACCGCCAAUGACACGGUGCAGUCUGUUUCUGCGUCGUUCGACGACGACCCGUACAAGUCGUUCGAGGUGCCGGAGGCCAGAAACGUGAGCAGCUCCAGCAGAGAAACUGCCACCGAAAAAAAACGUGUUUCGUCGGCAGAGUCGGCGGGCAAGAACGACAUCCUGGCCAUCUGGUCGAGCCAGGAGGACUACCAGAAGGUCCGCAGGACUCCAACGUCGUUCCAGAGUAUCUGCGACCCGAAAAAGUAUACCGUCAGAGAGAAGUCGUUCAAGCAGAUCAAAGUUGCCAGUCCUGUGCAACCGAAGGAGCCGGCCGAGGAGUCCAGAGACGAGACCGACGCCGACGAUGAGGACGAGGACGAGGACGACAGUCCCGUCACGCCCAACCAGUCGGUCGAAAAGACGUUCAACAACCCGCUCGACUCGAUGCACACCGACACCGACGUUUCCAAGAACGUUUCCAACAUGUCCAAUCUCUCAAUGGGCUCGAUCCACCUCUCGGACGUGCUCAACGAGGGCGACGACUCGUUCCUGAAAGACCUGGAGGCGUGGGAGCCGCAGUCGCGCGUCGAGCCGGUGAUCACCAAGGCGUCGAACGUGGAGACUCUGUCCAACGUCUGGCGUCGCGGGACUCUCAGCAAGAAACCGGUCUCGUCGAAAACGGACGUCGAGUCGGUGAAAUUUCCGCACAUGUCGGCGGGCGAGGUGGAACAGUUCAUGAUCCUCAAGAAGAUGGCCAGCGACGAGUUCCAGAUCAAGGAGGCCAACAACAAGCUCACUCUCGAGAGCAACACCUUGCACCGGGAGCAGCACGUGACCGUGGGGGACGCCCGCAGCGACAUCACGGCGGACGACAAGGUUUCGACGAUUGUGCCGGACCUAUCGAUUGCGACGGGGCCAAUUGAGGAGCCGGCCAAGCCAGUCGAGCCAGUGGUGCCACCUACGGCGCACCGUUACGGCGACCUUGUUCCGGCUGCGCGGCGGGAGGUGAACAGAGCAGAGCCUGCCAGUUCGAUCCGCACUGCCUCGCAGCGGAUCAGCUCUGCGAUCUCGUCCUCCACCAAGGCUGAGGUGGAAAAGCCGCUGGUGCUCGGAGAAUACGGACGGUUCUUUUUGCGAGUGAUGGGGCUCCGGGAGCUCAAGUUACCGGAGAUUGCGCACCGCAACGCCAAAUUCCAGAUCGUGCUGGAUAAUUCGAUCCACCGGCUCACCACGGACUACUUCCCGAUCGAGAGUGCCGGGUUUGUGCCCGUCAACAAGGAAUUCGAGCUUGUGGUGGCAGACGCUCUGGAUAUUGUGAUGACCUUAAAAAUCAAGUACGAUAAGCCCAAGGCCCAGCUUGUGGAGGUCACCGAUAAGCGCAAGGUGAAGCCGAAGAACGUGUUUGCAAAGAUGCUCGGCUACAAGGACAUUGUGACGUCGACAAGGUACGUCACCAAACCGGCGGAGAAAGACCCCUUGGCGGAGCUUGUAGCCGCGGACGGCUCGUUUGCCAAGUUUUUCAUUUCUUUUGCCAAUUUCGAGCACCACGUCACGGGCGAGUCCAAGAUCUUUAAGCUGGACGGCAUGAACGAGUGGAGAAGCUCCAAUGAUAAGUCCAAACCCGCUGUUCCGUACAAAGUGUGUGCUGCCGACUUCAACAUGCUAUUUGUGCCGCGCACGAGCGAGUACGAGACGCUUCCGAUAAGCAUCAAGAACGCGUACGAUAUGGUGGCCGAGGUCCGCAACACGCUUAGCGAGACCAACGAAGGCUACAUGUACCAGGAAGGUGGCGACGUGGAGGUCUGGUCGCGGCGAUUCUUCAAGCUGCAGGGCUACGAUCUCUGUGCGCAUAAUGACACCACUUUCAAGCUCAAGGCGCGGAUCAACCUGAAACGGGUAGUUGAUGUUGAGUAUGUGGGCAAGGAAGAUACCGCGGGUAGCAAACGUGUUUACAGCGACCGGUUGCUUUUGAACAACUCGUUCAAGCUGCGGUUUGCCAACGGAGAGACGAUAUACUUUGGUUGCGACAGCAAGGAAGAAAAAACCCGUUGGGUGGAGCUUCUAGAAACUAUCGGCGCACAGAAUAGCUUCAUGCGCCAGCCGUGGGUGAAACUGAUGGCAAGCAAGGUCCAGUAA